UUUGUACCUUCGAUCAUGAAUUUCUUUGGUAGUGUUGUACGAGAAGAAGCAUCUUCUUCGUCUUAUCACAACCAACAACUUAAAAGGCCUAGCAGUACUACGGAGCUUAUGUUGAUGGAUUCAUCUACUUCUGAUGCAAUGAUUGAAAGAGAACAUAUGUUCGAUAAGGUAGUUACUCCUAGUGAUGUUGGUAAGCUCAAUCGUUUAGUCAUACCCAAACAACACGCGGAGAAGUAUUUCCCUCUUGAUUCCUCUAGUAACGAUAAGGGGGGACUUCUAUUGAAUUUUGAAGAUAGUAAUGGGAAGCCAUGGAGGUUUAGGUAUUCGUAUUGGAAUAGUAGUCAGAGUUAUGUAAUGACUAAAGGAUGGAGCCGUUUUGUGAAGGAGAAGAAACUUGAUGCUGGUGAUAUUGUUUCAUUUCAGCGUGGUGCUGGUGAAUUGUCCAAGCAUCGUCUUUUCAUUGACUGGCGUCGCCGUCCUCAUGAAAACAUAAACAAUCAAUUUAUGAUGCCGCACCACUUUUCUGAUGGGCGGCUCUUUCAUUUACAGUCUUAUUACCCAACAACAUUUUCGAGUAAUUUGUUGCUAGAAGGAGGCAGCAAUAUCGGUCAGCCUCCUAAUUCUUAUAAUCCACAUAGUUACAUGUAUGGAAUUGGUAAUCUUUCUUACAAUAUGAGUAAUAGCACUGUGAUAAAUGCAAACCCUUUGAAUAAUGAGAUAAGAUGGGGAGGUUGUAGUAAUAUUAGUAACUAUGUGGAGCCAAGGGUGUUCGAUUCGGUCCCAGUGGUUCAAGGUAAAGUGGCAGCAAAGCGAUUCAGGCUGUUUGGAGUAAAUAUGGACUGUCCCAUGGAUCACCCAGACACUUCCUCUAUCCCAACAACAACAACGACUUAUUCUCAUUUGAACAACAACUCGAUACCCUCUGAAGAAUCAUCUGAAAAAGGCAAGUCCUUCGAUUUGGAUAUUUGA